GUGCUGUAUUAGGGGCUGUUCACCAGCAGAGGAGCAGCUCAGCGAAAGUCCUGUCGUCUCUGCUCUGCUGCGGAGUUUUUCUCUGGUUUUAGGCGAAACUGAAGAUAUUUCGCCCGGAAUAUCUGUCCUCUUGCUCGGACCUCUCGGAUUCACUGCGCGGACGAAGGAAUGUGUUUUAGGUAGCGCACUUCAAGUUGCGGGGGGCUUUUUUUUUUUUUUUGGCAGAACUCCUGGCUGUAUUUGCGGAGAGCCAAUGCAGCAGGGGGGAGUUGACUCUAAAAGCUUUUUUCUUUAGCCCACGGGAUAAAUGUGGCAGAGAGGUGCGGGUCGCACACAGCGGACGGAGCUGGAGCGCGUCCUUUAACACCCGCAGGUUUAACCAGGUCAGGAUGGCUUCACUCCGUCCCACUUUGUAAGAAGGAAGAUCUGUGUGCACUGUAAGUGUCGCCGUGAAGAGCAUGCAGUGACAGCCAUGCCUGUAGAAAUGGAGAAGACGGUCACCAAGCUGAUGUACGACUUCCAGAGGAACUCGACAUCUGACGAUGACUCAGGCUGCGCCCUGGAAGAGUACGCCUGGGUACCUCCUGGACUAAAACCUGAACAGGUUCAUCAGUACUACAGCUCGCUGCCCGAGGACAAGGUGCCCUACGUGAACAGCCCAGGAGAGAAGUACCGCAUCAAACAGCUGCUCCAUCAGCUCCCACCCCAUGACAAUGAGGUACGCUACUGCAAUAGCCUGGAUGACGAGGAGAAGCGAGAACUGAAGCUCUUCAGUAACCAGAGGAAACGGGAAAACCUCGGCCGAGGCAACGUCCGCCCGUUCCCUGUGACGAUGACGGGAGCAAUCUGUGAACAGUGCGGAGGCCAGAUAAACGGCGGCGACAUCGCUGUGUUCGCGUCGCGAGCGGGUCACGCCGUGUGCUGGCACCCUGCCUGCUUUGUGUGCAGCUUGUGCAAGGAGCUGCUGGUGGACCUCAUCUACUUCCACCAGGACGGGAAGAUUUACUGCGGCCGGCACCACGCCGAGAGGCUGAAGCCGCGCUGCACGGCCUGCGACGAGAUCAUCUUUGCAGAUGAGUGCACGGAGGCGGAGGGCCGUCACUGGCACAUGAAGCACUUCUGCUGUUUUGAGUGUGAGGCAGUGCUGGGGGGUCAGCGCUACAUCAUGAAGGAGGGUCGGCCCUACUGCUGCUCCUGCUUCGAGUCCCUCUAUGCAGAGUACUGCGACUCCUGCGGGGAGCACAUUGGUAUCGAUCAAGGCCAGAUGACAUAUGAUGGACAGCACUGGCACGCCACGGAGGGCUGUUUCUGCUGCGCUCGCUGUAAACGCUCUCUGCUGGGCCGGCCUUUCCUGCCCAAGCAGGGCCAGAUCUUCUGCUCUCGCUCCUGCAGUCUGGGAGAAGAGCCCAACGGCUCCGACUCCUCCGACUCGGCCUUCCAAAGCGCCCGCUCCACCAGAGAGUCCCGACGCAGCAGCAAAACGGCGAAGAGCGGAGAGGGCGGGGGGCAGCCCGAGACGUAUUCAGGAGAGGUGGACCCGCUGUCUUUACAAAUGGACCUGCUCAGUCUCUCCAGCCAAACGCCCAGUUUGACUCGUGAGCCGCCCUCUUGGCAGAAUCAGGAGCACGUGGGUGAGGGUUACAGUUACAAAUCCCAGUCUGACUCCACAGCCAACCCCACUCCCCUCCAGCUGCUGAGCCAGUGCAACGUCAGGAGCGCCUACAGCGCCCCCUGCUCUGCACCCAAUAUUCAACAGCAGGAGCACAGGAUGAAGGAGAGCGCYGGGUUGAAACGCCCCUGCAUCUCCGCUCUCAAGGGCCACUCUCUGAGUGAGACGUGGUUUCAGCCGACAGCUCCUGAAGAGUACUACCCCCCAAAACCGAGGACCCAAAAGAGCUUCUCAGAGGUGUCUCACUGCUCUCAGCACCACAAUGGCUUCUCCUCAGACAAGCGCUCGAUUAGCUUCCACGGCUUCCAGAACCGAGACGGAGGGGCUCCGACAGCUGCCCAACUGGCAAGAAGCAGGAACCCCAUUAAUGCACUUAACUUCAGCGAGCAGCUGACCCCACUGGAGCAGACCCCGAGAGGUUCUGCUGAGUCCUUGGCUUUGUCUAAUGCCACAGGUAACUCAGCGGAUGGAGGAGGAAAACCUCAGGAGCACCUCUCACGUUUUUCUAUGCCGGACUUGAGCAAAGACUCCGGAGUGACCGUGUCAGAGAAAAGCAACUUGGACAUCCUCAACUCCUCGGCGCAGUUUCGUAGCUCCGAGUCCAUUCACAGUUUGAAUGCAGGUCAAUCCUACAUGGAGAUAAACGUGCCCAGGUCCUCUCAGUACCACGUGCAGUUCUGUGACCCCCCCAGUGUGGGGCUUGGUGUGACUCAUUUACCACCUGGCUUCACCUAUCAAGAGGAAGACAGGAUUAGUCUGGUAAGCAGCGCUAACGCUGCACGGCUGCCGCCCAUCAGCGAGCGCAGGGUGAGCGUUGUGGACGGAAGGGGAGCGAACACCCGAGUGGACACUCGAGAAGAGACUCCCCAACGGCGUCGGCACCACCAUCACCGCCAGCGACGGUCCCGCCGCUCUCGGUCUGAAAACGCUCUGAACUUGGUGGCCGAGCGAGCGGUAAGACCUCAGGAGCGACCGCAGCUGCGCGUGCGAGAAGAUUACGACCGUUUUCCACCGCCAAGGGGCUCCAGAGGCCAGUUUGGAGUCGGAGGAGGAGGAAGAUACCAGCCUCAGCUCUUCAGGCAGUGCCCCCGGACCACUUCAGACCUGUGUCUGCAGAACCCGGGGGUCACCAGACGCACCGGCUUGAGCCAGUACUCCUGGGACGAUUAUUACGACGACGACUGGUGCUCCACCUGCUCCUCCUCGUCCGAAUCGGAGGACGAAGGCUACUUCCUGGGUGAGCCCAUCCCCAGGCCCAUCCAGCUGCGCUACCUCAGCAACCAGGAGCUGGUCCAUAAGUUCAACAACACGGGGAGCGGCGGCCCCAACCGCAGUGGGCAGCUGCACACCCGCAAACGCAGGAAAAGCAAGAACUGCAUCAUCUCUUAACGUCUGGACAUUCCCAACAAGCUGGUGUACGCUAAUAUCAAAAAGAUCAAAAAGAAACAUGUCAGUGUUGUUGAUUGUCAUGUUUGAAAUGAGUGUGAAAUGCAGUGGGUAAGCCCUGAAACAGCAAAAAGAGUUUGUAUUUUUUAGUGUUUCAUAUCUCCCGAGUGUUACAGUGAACAUUUACGGUUUUAUCAGAAGCUGAUGUGCAAUCUCUUUUGGUCCUGACUGCAUUUCCUCUUUCUGAAUGUGUGUGCAACAUGCUCCGUUUAAUCCCGUUUUACAUUUUUACUCAGUGUGCUCUAGUGAUAGAAUAUUCUGUACUAAUAAUUAAGUUCCUAAUAUGUACAUAGGUAAAUGAAUUCAUUUCUUUUUAAAUUAAGGAAGUCAGUGUAAAUAUGGUUGUAAAUGAAGCCUCACAUAUUUUUUAUAUUUUGUAUGGCUAGAAUCAAUUGCAUAUAAAAUGUCUAUAAUGUAGAAAUAGAACUUAACAAAAAAAAAACAACAAUGUACGCAUGUGUUAUUUUUGGCUGACCUGAUCCUGCAUUUGGAAUAAAGGAGUGUUUCAGUGAG